UUGAAGGCUGGAUCCGUUGCAGACGUCGAGCUGUGGUACAGAGAAAUCUACCAAGCCGGUGUUGCGCGAAUGGAACUCGCUCAACAAGCACAGCAAUACCAAGACCAAGCACAAACUUAG